AUGAGUAUUCCACUAGUUAGUCGACGGAUAGUCAUGAACCUAGAAAUCACUGGAAACUUACAGAAACGGUUUGUGCAAGACGCCGUUUUGCUUCACAAGCUAGACCCAGUAAGGGGUAGUCCAACGGCAUACGGUCUGGAUCGACACCCUCGUGACGCGGGUGUUCCCCGAGAAGAGUUGCUAAAGCGAAAGUUUCUCGAUUCUUUCGCUCUACUAGCUUCAACCCACAAAGAUGGCGACACAGUAUCGGCGGCCGCCUUAGAGGUAGGAGCGCCUGAGGGCUCGGUCAUUCGCAUCGCUAGCAAUGCUGGGGUGUCCGCAUCGACACUGGUCCUUCUUCGGGAAGUGAUGGAAAUUCUUCAUGACGUAUCUGCUAUGGGUCUCACAAACGAGCGGAGACUGAGUGUCCUAUUGAAGAUGAUCAGUCUCGACAAGGCCAAAAUCUGGUAUUAUCUUGCGGACCUCCGGAAACAAAGAUCAGAAAUUUUGAGGCUUGAGCAGUUCUUGCCGAAGCUUUCAUCCACCUUUGAGGUCAACGAAGUCGAAAGGCCUCUCAGCCCUGCAGAGUCUGUGGACACAUCCGAUGCACCUUUUCCGCCUGAUCCAUCACCAGAGCCUCCAUUAGAGCCAUCUGAGGACGAUUACAGUGAUGACCAUGCAGGCGUCUCCCUUGAGAUAGACAAAGAGACACCUCCCACAGAAAGUGAGGGAAAACGCCCCGGGGAGACAAUCAUAUCACCUUCACGAGCUUCUCGCGGUGAAUACUCCACUCCAGAGUUCGUGUUCAAUAUCAGACGUACUGGCGACCCUCAGAGGCGAGAACUUGUGGUCUUGAAAGACAUUCUGGAUACGUCACAGAAGCCUUCCUGGCGAAAGCUGAUUGAGAUCUUGAGCAACGAUGAGCACUUCGGAGUGGGGUUUGUCGAAAGAGAGGAAUUUUUGAUGGUCAAUGAUAAGUCAACAUACCCACUUCCUGGCACCCCCCUGUUUCUGGCACCCACAAAAACGCGAAAAUCCACCACAACCCAAUGCCCACCCCCAACCUCCUUUUAUCACAACAUUUUCAAUUCGCGUCCAAAUGGGCUCAUCUUUUGCACAUGUCUUCUUCUAUAUAUAAUGCCUCAAUAUACCGAAGAUCAGCUUCGUCAGGCUCUCGAGGA